AUGGCCAACAUCAAACAAUAUCGACCCGCCACCUGCACCCUCCUUGAUAUCCGACUAAGCUAUUUCGGUCAUAUGCUAUGUCGCCUUAAAGCCAGCUUUGUCGUACAUGUCCAACCCGGCCCCCUGAUUGGCGACGACGUUGAGAUUACCGACGAGGCGGAGACGGGCGCUUUCAUUGUGGAGUACGCCGGCGAAGUAAUCGACUUUGCCGAAUUUCGUCGACGCAUUCGGCAGUACGAGAGGGCCAAACAUGCCCAUCACUACUUCAUGUCCCUGGGUCCGGAGCACUUUAUUGACGCGGGCACUAAGGGCAACUGGGCUCGUUUUGUGAACCACUCCUGCGAACCAAAUGCAGAGACGCAGAAGUGGACGGUGAAUGGUCGCCUGCGUAUCGGAUUCUUCGCGAAAUAUGACAUACCACCAGGAGAAGAAAUAACAAUUGACUACCAGUUUGUCCAAUAUGGUGUGAUUCAGCAAAAAUGCUACUGCGGCACACCGUCCUGUUCUGGCAUAAUGGGAGUCACCAGCAAACAGCUUCAGGAUAAAGUUCGCCUAAAGGACACACGCGCGGUCGAACGCGGCAUCCUACAGCUCUUAACUUGGAAGACCCUUCGCACGGCAGAUGAUGUGACCUUUUUGUUGCAAGUUAUGGUUCAGGAGUAUCUCACUAGGUAUAGCAAGAUGGAACUUCUGAAGCUGCUGGCGGACACUUCCAACGAGACCUAUCUCAAAUUGUUCCGCCAGUACAACGGCCUAGAACUGCUCACUUCUUAUAUGUGUGAUGCAGCUCAAAACGACUGGGACCUAAAGUAUCAGGUGGGCUUUGUACCUAAAUUUUAA